GAUCACUUGCAGUUCUGUUUGCGACGCAGUUGCUUCGAGAUGAACAUCUUAGUGCAGUUUCUGGUGUUCAGUAUUUUGUGUUCUAUUCAAUUUUAUCCUUCCAAAGCAUUCUAUCAGUGUGGCAUCCGGCAACAUGGUUUCCUCCCUCUAGUCCACCAGGGAUGGGCGGUGGAAGAGGGCCAAUGGCCAUGGCAUACGGCCGUGUUCCAUAAGAUCGAAGGUGUUGGGUUUCAGUACAAGUGUGGUGCAACUUUGGUGAACGAGAGACACGUUCUGACGGCAGCGCAUUGCGUAGUAAAACGACUUUCUAAGAAUGCACUACCGACUGUAUUGCACGAGAUCGAACUGCACUUCGGUCAGCACAAUCUAUCGAAGGUGACUGACAACGUUGUGAUUCGUGACGUUAGCAAGGCUCACGUUCACCCGGAAUAUGCAACGCACAAGAAUGACAUAGCCGUGCUGGUGCUUCGGCUGCCGGUGGAAUACUUCGAAUACGUUAUUCCCAUUUGUUUGGUCCAAAAUGUGGGCCGCGACUUGAGGGAGUUGGAAGGCCAACGUGGUUGGAUCACCGGAUGGGGAAAGACGGAGAAUGGGACCAUUUCGGAGAUUCUCCGAACAUCAUCGCUACCCAUAGUUGAUCAUGUGCAGUGUCUUAAAAACGAUCGAUUGCUGUUUGGAAACAUUUUGGACGAGAAUGUGUUCUGCGCCGGAUAUCGGAACGGAACUAGUCCGGGCCCUGGAGACAGUGGUGGUGGGCUGUACGUAAGUGAUGGCGAUCGUUGGGUACUCCGAGGGAUUGUUUCCUUCGGAAAGGCGAACGAGUUGAAGAAGGGCGUUGACCCGUACAAGUAUACCGUGUUUGUCAACGUCCAGCAGUAUCUGACGUGGAUCAAGGAAAUUGCUGCAGAAAGUGAACCGCAAAGGGACAGAAGGCAGAAGCGGAUUAGCGAAAGCGAAUGCGAGAGAUUCCACGGUUUGUCCAAGAAACGAAGGAAUGGAGAUUGCCUUAACAAUAGACAUCCACAUAAUGUGAUGAUCCUCCAGCUUGAUGGAAAGUUAUUGUGCAACGGUGUCUUAGUGGAUGAAAACUAUGUCGUCACCACCUGCAAUUGCGUACGUCCAGCACAUACAUAUCAACCGGCGAAGGUACGGAUAGAAGCAUAUGGAGAAGUGGCCAUUUCGGAAAUGUUUUGCCAUCCGCAAUAUAUCGACAAGAAGACGCAGAACGAUUUGGCGAUUAUCAAGUUGGCAAGAGCUGUUACGCUUUCCAGCAGCUUGAUUCCUGCUUGUUUGGCCAACAAUUGGACAGAAAAUCUGUACGAUAUCCUUCUGCAGAGCACGUUUGUACACGAGGGGCAAGACCUAAUAAUCUUGUACGAAUCGGACGAGAACAGGAUCACCACCACCGGGAAGUGCGAGUCUUGGUUUGAAUACUGGAAGGUGGGCGGAUUCAACCACGACAAUGCACUGUGUGUUACAAAUUCCGAUCCCUUGAGGCGUGCUUCAUACGGUCCACGUGCUUCAACUGGCGAUGCUCUCCAGUCGAGCAAUAGGCGGUCCUGCAUGUUUACAGUAGUGGGAAUCAAGUCCAGGAGUUCGGACAAAUAUUACACGAGGAACAGUGAUUUUCCUACGAUUGAUGUUUACGCUAGAAUUUCCCAUCAUUUGGAUUGGAUUGAGGAGUCAGUCUGGAAUGGGCAGCCUAGAGAUGUCGUAUGUGGAGUCGAUUACAAAUGGGAUAAGUUAUGGCACGUCGCCAUUUUUCAAAGGAAUAUUACCGGGAAUGGUUUCGAUUUUAGCUGCAGUGCUACCUUAAUUAGCGCCAAGCAUGUGAUAACAACGGCUAGCUGUCUAGUGAACCAGACCACGGGACGCCCAUUAGCAGAUGACACCUUUGAGCUAAAAGUUGGUCUGGAACAAAUGUCACAGCCUACUGCCUAUACACAGACUCGAUAUGUCAGCGAAGUUCAUGUUCAUCCGGAAUCUGCCGUCAAUGAUAUAGGGAUACUGGUCACCACAUGGCCUUUCAGAAUUACUCAAGAUGUGAAGCCUAUUUGUCUAAGUCCCGCCAAGGACGCCAAUAUUUGGAACGCGGAUGGAGAAAUCAGUGGAUGGGAAACGAUUGAGACCGGCAUUCCAAAAGAUAUACGUAGAAGUGAACGCAUUGGUAUUCUCGAUUAUCAGACGUGCUCCAAGGCAUCCUUGGAUCUCUCUGGAUACCGUCUUCCUGCAAACAUGUUUUGUUCCGAUUACCCUAAAGAAGGAAAGUUCCAUAUAGCGGAUCAUGGCUCCGGUUUGUACUAUAAUAGCUUUGGUGAAAAAAGUUAUUGGUCUCUAGUGGGAAUCGUUUCAUCGGAGAUGAAGGGUAAUGGAACCGAAAGAUAUACCCUGUUUGUCAAUGUUCAACAGUACGCCGCAUGGAUCGAUAAAAUUUUGCGCCAAAGUGAGCCUCGUCCGGAGAAGAGCUCUCCGAGGAUCAGCGAAAAAGAAUGUGAACGAUUUGGCCAGCUAUCGAGAAAGCACAAUGGAGUCUGUGAAAAUGAUGGAAACAGCACUAAUAACAAUUAUCCACAUAUUGUUUCUCUGCUUGACGAAGACCAAAACGUCGUAUGUUUGGGUGCUCUGGUAAAAGAAGAUCGCGUAUUAACAGCUUGCAAAUGCGUACGUGGCGCAUUUCGACCAACAAAAGUUGGACUCAACAUUGACAGCAGUGUGGACAUCACGGAUGUAAUAUGCCAUCCAGGGUAUAGCAGCUCCAUCGAGUCUCAUCAUGAUAUAGCUAUCGUCAAAUUGAGAACUGCUGUUGAGUUGUCCAGCCAAGUAAUACCGACCUGCUUGGCGAAUUAUGAUACAGAAAAUCUUGAGGACGCCGUAUUGCAGACCAGCUUAUACAGGAAUGUUAAAGAAAACCCGAAGGAGACCACCCCCUACGCAACAUAUGAAUAUAUCGGCAGUGCGGAGGAAUGUGAAAGAACCACCGCACCUAACAACACAGAAAAAUAUUCAUUCCUACCCGGUCAGUUUUGUGUGAUCAGCCCGGGAUCGUACGCUGGUGCGAACAUCGAAUUCAACGACGCAGUGGUGCAGUCAAUUGACAAUAGAAUCUGUCAAUUCACAGUGAUCGGAAUAGCAAGCGCUGCAAUCAACCACAAUGAUAACACCGGCCGAAGGCCUGAGCUCGCUGCUAUUGUUAAUCGUGUGGCCUACUAUCUGAACUGGAUUGAGCAAGUUGUUUGGGAUGAGAAGGCAGCGCUGUUGUGACGGAAAGACUAACGAAACAGUAGAAUGUAGUAGAAAUAUUUUCAAAAUUUCAAACGUCAUCACCAUCAUACAUGAUAUGACAUUAUUAAUACUCUAAUAACAACUUUUUUUCAAUUUUAUGAACUUUUUGUAGCUCGGAUAUCAGAACGAUUUUAAUGUUGGCUAAUAAACAGGAUCAGACCCCGCAUCACGAAAGGUUUUGAUUGCUUUUAAAACAUUUCUGUAUUUUCUUGUUACCGUACUUUUUUAAUGCGUAAUCCAUAAAUUUCAUUAUAUGUUUUCACAUCCAACCUAUCAUAAAUUCACUCCAAAUAAUAUUAUGGAAGAAAUAGCUGUGGAUAUACUAUAUUUUGGAAGAAUAAACACAAUUUCCAUUUUUUA